CAUGGACGACGACGGCCGAGGCGUGCACCAAGCGCUUUGGGACGCCGCCGCGCAGCUGAGUCCGCGCCGGGCGCCAGACGAUGACGCCGUCGCGACGACCACGCUACCCUUCUACGAGCACGUGCCACCUGCCGAGGCGCUCCGGCGACUCUUCGUCUGGUUUCGGUCGCCGACCGAUCGUGACGGCAUGAGCCGAGAUGCGUUCAACCGGCUGCGUUGCGCAGUGCACAGCGCCGAGGUGACCCAAGAGCAGUGGACGCUGGCGAUGCGCGCGCUCGGCAACAAUCACAAUGCGUUUGUGACCGAGGCCGAGUUCAAGGAGCUCUUUGGUCCACCGCCGUUCUUUGGUCCAACGGCGUCGUCGACGCACUUACCGCCGCAGCUGCUUCUCGUGCAAGAGGUGACGCGCAUGGAGGCGUUCGUGCACUUUCUAAAGCACCUCUUUGAACGGUACGCGACCGACGGCGUCACCAUGACGUUCGAGAAUCUCAAAUCGCUGCGACGCCAAGCCGGCAUCGCCACGCCGCUCGAUGUGGCGACGUGGGAGUCGCUCUGUAAGCGCGUGCAGGCACCGCUCGAGUCGAUGAACUGGAUGCAGUUUGCGUCCGCGUGGCACAUCAACUUGCAUACUAACAAGCGCGAGGGCCCGCGGGGCUUUUGCUACCCGCACGUCCACCCGAGCGACGCCGUUCACGCGUGUGUCGCCGACGAGAAGGUGCAACUGCACUUUAGCAAGCACGAUGUGGUGUCGCGCGAGACGUUGCAUCAGCUCUUGGAGGCCACGUCCAAGCCCGAGACGUCGUCGUUUUCGCUGCUCAAAAAGAGAAAAAAAUCGAGUAAAAGAGCCAUGACCGACGACGAAUGGUGCGCCAUGCUCGAGAAUCUGCAAGCCGCCGAAUACCCGCUCCACGACGAAACCAACAAGAACGCCAUCGAGUUGCAUCCGCAGCGCCGGGUCAAAGACGUACGCUUGCCGACCAAGCCCCACGACACGAUCAUCCACACGGCCAACAACCUUAUGAUGUACGAGAUUGCCUUUGACGAGCUCGGACCGAUUGGGCUCCAAGUGCAAAGUGACUUUUUCGGCCAGUGCAUGGCGAUCCGCGCCAUUGACGGUCAAGCCAAGAAGCACGCGCUCAUCCAGCUCAACGAUAUCGUGGCGUGCGUCGACGGUCGUAUGACCAUCUAUGCGCCCGCUUCGUCUGAGGCCGACGAGGCGACGCGCCAGAGUGAAAUGCAAGCCAUGUUCGAUACCCACGGCAGCAGCAGCCAGCGCAUCGUGUUUUUGCGCCAAGAAGUCUAUUACAACAACCUGCAAGCCACCGACGGCAUCCGCGUCGUGCUUCAGACAUACGCCGCGCUUGAGAAAGGCGACACGUUCACAGUACGACUACCACCCGGGUAUACGCCGGUCGAUCCACGCAGCAAGCGGUUGCGCAUCGAGUUCGAGUCCCAAUUGCAGUACGAGCUUGUACCCGAAGCCAGCGUCGAGGAGGGCAUUGUCACGAUUACGCUGACAGGACCGAAAGGUCUGGCUUCCCACUCGUAUAUGACCAUGGUACUGCAUGGGAUCGUAUGCCCGCAGUCGGUCGUCGCGGGGCCCGGUGACAUCUCCCACGUCGAUGGCGCGACAGUCGUCAAGCUCUAUGCGGACUGGACGCCAUGGCAGCGCCUCGUCACCGACGCGUUUGCCACCAAGCCGCUGCGCAUCGACGAAAGUCGCUUCUCCGACCCGUCGUUGACGCCCAAGACUCUGAGCGUCGACCAAGGGGACUCGGGGAUCACGCUCACGUCGGACUUUUACGGCCAGUGCGCGGUUGUUGCGAGCAUCUCGCCGCUCAAAGGCAUCACAACCAUCUUGCCCGAAGACGUGCUGAGCUGCGUGAGCUACACCAAUGCGGACGGCGUCGUCGAGCGCGUGAGCUUGAUCAAGCCAUUUGCGCUCUCGUCGUCGGACGCGACGCGGCACUUCAAGUACGUCGAGAGCGUGCUGCAGGAACGCGCCUCCUCCCAGACACCGUACACGCUCCAGUUUUUGCGCCUCCACUCGUUCUACGUGCAGAACGGACUCAAGACGACGCUGACGUUCGAUGCGCUCACGCGAUUGGAGGCGAACGCAGUGAUUGCCAUCGAGAUGCCCAACUCGGAUUGGCGCGCACCGGACUUUGAUGCAAUGUCGGCCAUCUUUGUCAAGCCAGAGGGACUCAACGUCGCGCGCAUGCACUGGGACGCCGGCGCCCACUAUUUUGAAGUGACGCUCGGUGAGUGUGCGUUGGAAGUAGGGACGCAGCUCGUGCUCGAACUCGUUGGCGUCCAAGGACCCGCCGAGCGCACGGCAGGGCCAUCGGAAAUCACGUUUGUGGGAGCAAACCGCAUGCGGCUCGAGCUCCACGAGCAUUGGCACUCGUUUCUUGGCGGCUGGAGCGGCAUUGCAAGCGAUCAGCUCGUCAACGUGCUUGCGACGCUCGAGACGACGCCGCUUGAUCUCUGGACCGUCCUCGAGUACUCGCACCUGCUCUUCCGCAUGUAUGCCGACAAGGCGACAUCGCACAUGACGCUCGCUCGCACCAACGUCCUCCGCGCCGCAGUGUUUGGGCCUGGUAACGAUAUGGACGAAGAGACGUGGCUUCGUGCGUGUCGCCGGGUCCACGCCGCCCCUCGCAAGGGCUUGGACGAGAAGCAGUUUGCUGUUGCUCUCUUGCAGCUCCUCGGUGACAAGGUGUCGCCCAACGACAUUCAGCGUAUCUACGUGUUUGUGCACUCGGUUGAGAAGCUCUUUUGCACGGCGCUCGACCUCUUUGAGCCAGCGCACGUGAUGGAGCUACACGAACCCAGCAUGCGCGCGCUCCACCGCGCCGUGUUCCAGCACCUUCCGUUCCGGACGUUCCAAGACAAGUUGUGGCGCCUCGGGUCGCAAGGGCGCUGGUCCUUGGACGCGUUUGGCCGGGGCUUUUACCAGGCGCAGCGCGACGGCAUGGACCCUGUCGCAGCGUGGGUCAAAUUGCACUACGCGUCGGCACUCUUUGAUCAGUUUGCGCGCAUGAGUGAAAUGCAGCGCGACAACUGGCGCGACAUGCUCAAAGCGCGCAAGUCGGACAUCAUUUUGGACGAAGACUUGUGGACGAGUCUCUGCGCGUCGGUCGUCGGCAACCACGUGACGCCGUCGCGGGGGCUCACAAAAGGCGGGUUUGUCCAAGCGUACCACUCGAACGUGCUCGGGCCCGUGCGUGAUGCGAUGGUCGACUGGAACUACAUUCAAGCGUACAGCAUCGAGCCCACGGCCCACCAGCGCAGCAUUAGCGACGCCGUCGAGGCGCAGUCGGCGGUCGCGCCCGAGAAGCUUCGCGUCAACGACAUUGCGACCAAAGCGCUCGAGGCGCUAGUGAGCACGGACGAUAUCGCCGAGGAAGCGAUCAAGCUCAACAUUGACUUCAAGCGUACCGAUGUGGUCGAAGAGCGCGUGAUCAAGUUCAAAGAAGAUGCUCUCACAACAAACUUUGCGUCGUAUGCGGCGGCGCGCGAUCGGGGCUUCUUACAUGUCCGCGUCAAGAGUGUCUGCGAACUACGCAAGGACGACGAUGACGACGGAGAGGACAUGGACGACGACGACAUGAACACGACACUCGACGAGUACUAUGUCGUCAUGUACACCAUCUCCUCGGACGAGUGGCGCAACGAGUUCAAGCCCGUCGUGCGCACGUGGGCCGAUUGGCGCCAACACAUUGGCGCGACGCUCAAACGCAAAGCGCUCGAGCUAUUGCGGGGCCAGCGCAAGGAGCCGUAUGUGUGCGGUCCCCACGAGCUGUGGGACUUUGCCGAGUCACAGGCGCUGGCGGCCGAGUACGCGACCAAGGCAACCGAGUUUCUCGAGCAAACCGAAGUCGAUGACGCGCUGCGUGACGACAUGACGCAGCUCUGCGAGCGGUUCAACCCGUACUCGCCCCUCCUCGCGCCAAAACCACCGCCAGAACCGGUUGGCAAGAAGGCACGCAAGGCACCAACGGCCGUCCCCACCGCCCCGGCCGUCGACUUGAAAGCAGGACGCGCCGUGUCCCGUCUCGUCACCGAGGACGCCUCGAGCGCAGGCGUUCUUCGGUUCCCCGAAGAUGCCUUUCGCCUGUUCGUCGACCGCGAGCAGAGAGCCCCCCGGCAGUCGCACGUUGUUGUCAAGCUCUUCAAGCGCACCAAGUCGGGGCAGAACAAGGCUGCGAUCGAUGCGCUCAACGUGAAGUCGCGCGAGCUUACGCGCGCCGAGCGCUCCGAGCGUGUGAUUCGCGCGCUCUUGCUCAAAACGAAGCUCCACCUCACGCACCGCAUUCACGCCAACCUCGGGUCCAUUAACAGCGAGAUCCAGCUCGAGCUCUCCAAGUUCAAGCGCAAGGAGAAGGAUCUUGCUGAGCUCCAAGCGCGGAUCCACACGCUGCGCGACGACGUGCAUGCACUCGAGUUGCAGCAGCCAACGGCCGCAUCCACCAACAACGUUGCACCGGCCUCCCUGAUUGGACAGGUCGCUCUGCCGCUCGAUGAACUCUUUAGUAUUCUGUACAACGACAGCCUCGAGACGGAUGACCUCGUCAUGCUACUGGACACCGACCGCCAUGUCGCGGGCAAAAUGCUGCUGCAAUUUCAGUUUCAAGCCAGCGCGCCGUGGUGCCGCCCGUCCAACCAAGACGCGCCGCCGCCACCCUUGCGACUCGCGACCGACGGCACGCUCGACUACCCGUCGGAAGCGCCGCUCCACGUCGAGUGGGCCACGAGCGACGAAGCCAAUGUCGCCAAGCGCGACACACUCUGCCUCGUGCGUGAGACCGAGCGCCAAAAGCUUGUGCUCAACGCGCCGUUCUUUUUAUUUUACUGGAACACGGAUAUCGGUGACGGGCAGUGGGACUGCUUCCAAUCAAGCCUCAAGCUCUACUCGGGCCCGGCGGUUGACAAGGCGCGCGUCAUUCAAAUGACGCCACCGUCGGGUAACGACAAGGCGCAGCGCGGCACACUUUUACUGCCGUCGUCGCGCGACCUCUCGCUGCCACCGGGCACGUACCGUCUCGUGCUCAUGCGCCAAGAAGAGGAUGGCGGCCGGAAGUUUCGCUCCGUGCUCGGCGUGAGCCCAUGCUUGCACGUCUUUGUGGGCGUCAACAGCGUCCACACGGUCUUUGGCACGACGCCGUUUGUUGAUGUCAAGACGGUCCGGUGCGCCAUGGCGAUCGUCGACAACGCCACUGACAAUGCCAUCGCGAGCACACUACCGGCGUUGAACGCGACUGAGCCGUGGCUGCGCGCCGCAAGCUACGAGAUCGAGCUUGUCAACGCCAUCGCAAUGCUGCGCACGCAAAUUGAGUCGUUGCAGACGCAGCUGCAGUCGCAAGAAUCGCACCCGGCUCCGAUCCUCGAGGCUAUGCAAAUGGAAGUCGAGGCCUAUACCAACCGUGUCGACGCGCUGGAGAAGCUGCAAGACCAAGGCAUUGAUGCGAUCCGCGACCAAGAACGCCAAGUGUGCGACGACUUGCAGCGCUGCGAGGACCAACUGGCGCAAUGCGAAGCACACAAACGCGCGGUGGUUGCGGCGGGGAACGAGCCGGACGCCGACGUGAGCAAGACGAUGCAAGGACUGCAAGCCAACAUUGACGAUCUCAACGAGACCAAAACGACGCUGGCUAUGGUUGUGGCAGAAUAUUUGCGGCGUCAAGAACCUCCCGCGGCAGUCGUGGCCGCAGGUUCUGGCGCAGAGACGCCGGUCUUUACGUACAGCUCGUACAUGCGCGUCGACUGCCUCCUGCAGGGCGAGGCGGCACAGCUGCCGCAUUCCCAGAGCACUACAGUGCACGAUUACGUGAUCGUAUUGCCCCAAGUGGUGGUCGAAACCGCCGACAAACUCCGCGUCAAAAUUCUGGGCAAGCUCCAGUCGAUGAACGUGGAGCGAUCGCAGCACGUGCGGGACCAGAUCCAGAUCGAGCUUCAGAUUUUGCUGCGCAUCGUCGAGAUUUCGAAUGCGUGGCUCCUCUCGCGCAUCUUCUCGACGCGCGAGUGGUACUCGCUGUACGGACAGCUUGCGCAGCUGCGCUGGCUCUACAUCUUUGAGGAGUGCUAUCCCGUCUUCCAGAAAGCCCCGAGCGAAGUCCGGCUGCUCUUCCCCUUCAUUUUGCAAGAGCUCGCCGACGAACUUCAGUCGCGCAGCCACGAGCUCGAAUUGGCACUGCCAACGCGCGUGGUCAAUGCCACGCUAUCCUUGCGCGAGGUACCGGUCACUAACUUUACCCCGGCGGGGGGCGACGUGCAGGGUCGCAUCGAUGGCUCGGUGGCGUCUUUUGUAGGCCUCGACCCUAACUGGCGCAGCUGGACAAACUACCUUCGGCGCUUCUUUGGUCUUGAUCCAUGCCUCGGGGGCAUGUACAUUGCCAAGUACAUCCGGCGAGGCGGCGAGGUCGGGAACGCCCGCGGCGAGCUCGGUCGCGUCGGGCCAUUUGCGAUCAACGUUGAUGCGGACGAAGCUCAAUUGUGGUUCCUUGCGCCUGAGAAGCGGCUCUUGUACACGGAAAUGGCCUUCCACCUUGGCGUCACGGCGCUCAAGUACUUUGUGGCGCUUCUCAACUUGUCGUUCAACGUCAACUUUGUCGCCAACCUCGUCGCGUCGUCGAGUUGGUUUAGCCACUCUACGGAGGUUCUCAAGGCGAUGAAGGCCGACUGCACCGCCGCGCUCGCCAACGUCCUCUCGUUUGUGUCGGUCGUCAUUGGCUGGUUCGACUAUGUGUUUUCGUACAUCCUCAACUACAUCAUGGUCGAGCUCAAUUUCUUCGACAAAUAUGUUGGCUGCGGGCAGGGCUACAUCCUCCUCCUCAUUUGGGUGCUCAUGUGGCUCGCAACGCUCUUCCUUUACAUUGUGAUCCAAGAAGACGUGCUCGUCAAGGUCCAAAAGAUCAGCUACUAUCUCCCGUUCAACGUUGGCCGGGUCGGCGAAGAUCGACUCGAACAACUCGGUGCGCUUCUCGUGAGCCCUGUCUUGAUUGUCAUCAAGGUCCUCGUGCUUUUCAUUGCAAAGCAGUGGCACGCGUACUCGGAGCAAGCGUCGACCGGGUCGCUCUUCAGCCUCACGCGCUACAGCACGAGUGGCGUCGCGUGCCCGGCCAUGGAGGUCAACUACGCGUUUCAGGUAGUCUCGGCCGUGCUCUUGGGUGGCUUCUUUUACUUUCUGCUGCCUCUCCUUGUGCUCGAUAUUUACAGCUGGAAGCCGCCGACCGACUUGGCCAAGGACGCGGACCGACUCGCAUUGUCGCACCGCGGGGGUCGCCACGGGAUUUGGGCGGCGGUCGCCAACAACGUCAACUUGGUCGAACCACCAACGUCGUGGCCACGCCGGUGCUGCUGCCACCCGUUCCAGCUGUUUUGGUUCGCGGGGCGUGGGAAGCGACUCUUUCGGGACUACCGGCGCUACGACUUUUACAAGCUCACGCUCAAGUACGGUUUUGUCGGCAUUUGGUUUGUCAUCCUCUACAUCUACUCGGUUCUCAUGCUCCAAGCGGUCGCGCGCGCGCUCGGCGCCGUCUUUGGGUGGCGCGGCCGGGCUGACUACAUGUACGACAAGCCGCAUUUACGGCCGUAUGGGACAUCGCACCUCGACCGGAUCUGCUGUCGCUUCAAUUGGUACUGGCGUCGGUCGUGGGUGGUGCAAAAGGUCCUCCAGCCCAUGUACAACUGCGCCUUGGUAACAAUCGGCGCGUGGACGACGGGGGAGUGGACCACCUACGACAUUGAGGAGCGGGCCAAAAACUGUUUCCCGAUGGAGCCCAACAACGAAAUCAAGCAGCUGCAAAUGAUGUCGCUGCACGGCAAGGUCAACAGUCUGAUUUGGCUGCCAUUUCCCGUCAUUGGUUUCCUGGCGUACGUCUCGGACAUUCUCAAUCGCGGACCGAUUUUGAGUUACCUUCUUAACCGCAUGUUUCUCCAAGUCGACAAGCCUGCGAACGAGCGGGAUCCGAGUGUGCGCUGGAAGAUCCAUCGGUGGAUGCCCGAGUGCGUCGCAGGCAAGCGCGUCCGCUGCGGUGUCGUCGACGACAAGACCGUGUGCCUGCCCGACACAUGCUUUUACACGACAUUGGCCAAGUGGGGCAGCUCGGUCUUGGAGCUCGCGAUGGUCGUUGCGCUCAUCGCCGAGCCGCUCCAGAACCCAAAUGGCGCAGCCAACAGCGCCACGAUGAAGUGGAAGGCGCAAGUGGCCCUCCUCGCUGCGACGAUCGCACCGCUUAUCGAACUCAACCAACAGGCCCUCAAGUCGUACAAAAAAUUCCUCGAGCUGCGCGACACGAUGCAAAGCACUCUCGUGUCCGAGGGAAAAUCGCUGGCGCAGCAGCAAGCUGGCCGAGUUGGUGCGCCGAUCGAGAUGGCGUCGGCGGCCAACGCCGAAGUCCAAACGCUUUUGGGCACCAACGACGAGAACGAUGGCAACAGCAGCGACGAGGCAGAGAGCGACGACGAGAACGAUGACGAUGACGGCAGCAAAGACCUCAUCGUGCUCACGGCGACGCCCGAGACGAGCUUUGUCAUCCAGAGCGACCAACUCGACGAAGGCGAAGGCGUCAUCACGGUCAAUUGGCGUGUGAAUGCGUCCCGGCGCUUCCACGCGUUUGACGCGAUCGGCAUGUUUCCGAAGCGCUCGCUGGCCGACACGCUCGUGAAGCGCACAAUGGACGAGUGUCUGUGCUACCGGCUCGUGUCGGAGCUCCGCGUCGAGCCGUUUGGGUGGCGCCCGACCACAAACGCUCAUGGCAACGAACUCUCAAGUGGCGUGCACUCGACCAAGAUGCUCCAGCACGCGCUCUUUUUGGAUAAAGUCACGCAACACGAGAUCGGCGAGCUCUCGCGCAAGUCGAUACACCAGCGCAAGGCGUCGCUCGUGCCCGCGCCCGACUCGGUCGAUGCGAUCGACGCCGUCUUGGACGCAGCGCCGGACGCCGUCAACCUCGACCGCGCGACCUUUGUGCUGGAAAACACGCUGGCUUCGGGCACCAUUGAGCCGUACGGGAAGCAAAUGUCCGAGAUGUUCCACGACGAGAUGCACGAGAAACAAGCGGCCUUUCGCACGCUCAGCGUCGACGACGCCGACGACCACAAAGCCGGUGGCUCAAAGGACGCGCGCGACACGCGGCGCGUGAGUGGCCAGGUCAAGUUUCGACCGGCCAAUAGCAACGAGCACGACGACCACCCGCAGCACGAAGAUUACGUCUUUGGCAACAGCGCUGGCAUCUUCCCAUGCAAGUAUGGGCUCGAACGCUACGAGUUCUUUUACCUCAAGUACACGGGGCACCACACUGCGCACUCGACGACGACGCCCUUGUACGAGGUCGUGGUCGACUCGAGCCGCGACAACGACGCCAAAGACCGCAAUGAUCCGAUCGUCGAGACGCGGCGCGGCGACUACGAGCCGCUGGUCAAGUUUACGUCCAACGCCAUCUCGAUCGGAACAUUCGACCUGUUCAUUCGGCUCACGAGCGACACGCCGCUUGUGUGGGCCAACCAAGCGGUCAAUUUGACGUGGGAGAUCUUUGGCGUCAACUACCGCGUCCUCUCGCAUCCACGCAACCGCAACUGCAUUGCGUUUUUCAAAGUCCGUGAUAUCCACAACACCCGCAUGUGUGCCAAGGUCGACAUUGUGCCCCCGUCGGCGUUCCUCGAGCCGCACGGCGGCGGCCCCGUUUCGGGGCGCAUGCUCGUCUUUACGCCGAGCGAGCCCGGCAUGUACGAGAUUCGGUUUCUCUUCAACUACUUCCACGAAGCCAAGUUGCACCGGCGCUGCCAGGUCUUUGGCCAGCUCGAAGAGCAAAUGCAGCUCCAGCGCAUCAAGUACCUCUUCCAGCGCCGCGACCUCGCGCGCACGCUGAGCCUCCUCCAGCAACAAACACUGAGCGCAUGGACGCAAGCGCUAGUCUACACGUACGCAUGGUUGCAUCCUGUCUUGAGCUACCUCCUCGACAAGCCCGUGCCCGACUCGGUCGUCAACAACCCGGGCCUCUUUACGCGCUACAUGGUACGUGAAGCCGCGGGCCAAUUGGCGCUGCUCGCCGAGACGGACCAUUCGCAGCUGCAAGGAUGCCUCACGCAGCUGCUCUCGCCGCUCCGGUCGCGCUCGUUCAUUGCGUUCUUUGGUGAUGCUUUCAACGGGAGCGAGGAGAUGCGGACGCACGCGUCCACAAUCGAGUUUGUGUCGCCCAGUGACGCGACCCGCGACGUCUUUUUGGAUGCCAAGACGAGAAGCAUUGCGCGGUGGCCCGCUGCGGUGACCGUCUCGCCCGAGAUUUGGCUUCUACAUGACGACAAGGUGCUGCUGGAUGCGGGCCCGGACAACUUUGAAGCCCUCGCGCUCGAGUACCUCAGUCGUCCGCUGCUGCCGGGCCGCGUCGACAUUCUCGAUGAGCUGAUUCUCGACAACCGCGCGCUUCUUACGACCGCCAAGCUAGUGGUCGAGAGCGUCGCGACCGCAGCGUGUGGCUUGUACGAGCCUGCGAUCGCAAGCGUCGUCCAAAGCUUCCUCAAGCAAGCCAAGCAAGCGGAAAAGCUCGGGCUCUUCCAAGACCUCGCGGUGCCGCUGCAAGACGAGAGCCGCAACCAUAUCCAGCGCCUCAUCCGCGCGCUCUUUGAGACGCACAGCCGGUCUGGCGACCGCUUUGUGGGCUGGGACACUGACGCUGCGCGCCCCCAAUUGGGGUUGGAUGUGCUCCAGCACCAAGCUCUGCGGGCGUGGCUCAAGCCCAAGUGCGUCCAAGGCAUCGUCAAAGUGCUCAAGCGCCGCUUUGCACUGCUCACAGCCUCGAACAGCGCGGUGGCGCUGCAGCUCGUACGUGCGACAGCGACCAAGUUCGGAUGCCGCCGCCCCACCGUUCCUCUCGUGUCCACCGCCGCCGUCGGGUUGCGCAGGCGCACCGGCAAAUCGGUCGUCUACUUUCUCCGUGAGGCCGAAACGAACGAAGCGACACUGCCGACACAUGCGUCGUAGAGCUUCCAUGUAUCAUCAUUGCGUGUCGAUAAGAAUCA